UCACUUGCAUCACAUCACCGCUUCGACCUCAACCCUCCUCCACCACCAACUUUUUAUACAAUACCACCGGUCAACACCGCACAGCUUUGACUUGCUCUCCCAGAAGCAUCUAACCACCGCGCGCAGCUUCGGCAUUGUUUUCGCGCUCAUCUGCAACCCCUCACCCCAAACCACACCACCCCCCCCCCCCACCCCCUCACAGCUAGCCACAAGCUCCCCUUCAACAAGGGAGCUUUCCCACUGACUCGCCCAACCUGGCUUCCAACUCUCCCACCGAGGCUGGCAACACCGAAAGCCAGCCUCCCAAAUCCCCCACCUCCCCCACAGGCUCCCAAUCCGAAGCCCUCGCCGCCGCCGCCCGCCUCCACCGACCCAUCAUGCAAUCCCUCCCCGACACCCGCGCCCAGUCCUUUGACGAGAUCUACGGUCCCCCCGAGAACUUUCUCGAGAUCGAAGUCCGCAACCCCCGCACCCACGGCAUCGGUAGGCACAUGUACACCGACUACGAGAUCGUCUGCCGGACCAACAUCCCUGCUUUUAAGCUGAGGCAGUCGACGGUCCGGAGGAGAUACAGCGACUUUGAGUACUUUCGGGAUAUCCUCGAGAGGGAGAGCGCGAGGGUUACGAUCCCGCCGCUGCCGGGGAAGGUGUUUACGAACAGGUUCAGCGAUGACGUGAUUGAGGGCAGGAGGGCCGGGCUGGAGAAGUUUCUGAAGAUUGUGGUUGGCCAUCCGUUGCUGCAGACGGGGAGCAAGGUCCUGGCCGGGUUCGUGCAGGAUCCAAACUGGGAUAGAAACGCCUGGUGACGAGAGGUCUUGGGCCAGCUGGUGAGGACUGACUCGGGUUCUACCGCCACUACCAAUACGACCACGACCGCGACCACGGCAACGACAUUGGAUCAGAUGACGGCUUCGGUUUCUACCCACGGCAGCAGCUUUUCGACGACGGG